AUGGCAAACAAGGCUACAAAAAAGUCCAAGAAGCCCAAGAACCUUCAACCACCACCCCCGAUCGAAUCCCCAAGCCACCAUCAGCCACCAGAAACCAUUCAAUUACCACCCGAUACUCCUCCCUUGGGCUUAAGUGAGACUGACUUCCCCUCGCUCCCACACAGCCCCGUCCUCGACAACACUCUCGGCGCCCUCUCCUCGCCCCCCAAGGGCGGCCGCCAGGAGCGUGACGCCGACAACAACCCCCUCAACACCGCUACCGACACUGCCAAUGGUGCCGCUUCCAACCUUGGCAUGGAAAUGCCUGGUGUGACUCCCGGUACACCCGGCAAGGAUGACAAGAGCAGCUUGCAGAUCAAGAUUCACCUCAACCUGCAUGCCAAGGUCCGUCUUGACCUCGACGCUAAGAUUUAUGGUGAUGUUGUCAUUGGACUGCUGUAA